GGGUUUUCCGGCCCGCAGUACUUGCACCCGGUCACCGGGAAACUCGGCUGUCAUCUGUCCCACAGCAAAGAUGGCAGAGAACAAGUCGUUCACCAUAGUAGAAUAUUUCGGCGGGGACGACGGCUACCGCUGCGGUUACUGUAAAAAUGAAAAGGGAAACUUUUCUCAUGGGAUGUGGUCUCACACCAUGACGGUGCAAGACUAUCAAGACCUCAUAGAUCGAGGCUGGAGGAGAAGUGGGAAAUAUGUGUAUAAGCCCAUAAUGAACAAGACGUGCUGUCCACAGUAUACCAUCAGAUGUCAUGCACUGAAAUUUCAGCCUUCAAAAUCCCACAAGAAAAGCCUGAAGAAGAUGAACAAAUUCAUUUCCAAUGGAGAAUUACCAACAGGACAGGAUGAUGCUGAGCCAAUGGAUUCUGUGUGUGAAGAAGCCCGUCCACAGGAACCAAGUAAAGCCUGUCACGCAGAAGUGAAGUGUGCUGACAUUACAGACAUUCAGAAGGAAAUCUCAGAGUGUCCCACUGUCACUGAAGUUCAGAAGGACGCAGUGGAUGCUGCACCUUCAGGCCAAGAAACCACAAAGAAUGAUCUAAUGUCUGCUCCGGAUGGAAGAACAGCUACAUCUACUAAAGCAGGUGCAGUAAUGGGAGCUGAUCCCAGCCGGCCGCCGUGUCGUAAGGCCAAAGAGCUGAGGAAGGAGCGACGUCUUCAGAAAGAACAGAUGAGACAAAACACUGAUGGGGUCUCUUCCAUUGUCUCUUCUACCCCACCCACUCCCACUCAUGCAAGCCAAACUAAAACCCUCGAAGAUUUCAUCGAUGAGUCAUUGCCUGACAAGUCUUCUCAUUGCCUUGAGGUGAGGCUAGUGCCGGUCAGCUUUGAGGACCCUCAUUUCAAAGCAUCCUAUGAGCAGUCGGUGGCACUGUACGCCUGCUACCAGAUGGCCAUUCACGGUGAUGACCCCAGCGAAUGUAGUGAGAGCCAGUUCCGGAGAUUUCUCUGUGAUUCACCACUAGAGGCAGAGUACUCUCCUGAUGGGCCUGAGGUUGGCUACGGCUCCUUCCAUCAGCAAUACUGGCUGGACGGACGCCUUGUGGCUGUGGGGGUGAUCGAUAUCUUGCCCACCUGCGUGUCCUCUGUGUACCUGUACUACCACCCAGACUCUGCUUCACUGUCUCUGGGCUCCUACUCUGCUCUCAGGGAGAUUGCUUUCACUCGCCAGCUGCAGAAACAGUCCCCCAAGCUGUCCUACUACUACCUGGGCUUCUACAUACACUCCUGUCCCAAGAUGCGUUAUAAGGGUCAGUACCGGCCGGCAGACCUCCUGUGUCCAGAGACCUAUGCCUGGGUAGCAAUAGAGCGAUGCAUCUUGCAGCUGGAGAACUCCCGCUACGCUCGCUUCAACCAGGAUCCAGAUGCAGGAGACGCUCGGGCGCUGAAGGACGUGGGCAGAGCGAUGGUGCUAUACAGACGGGCCGUCAUGCCUUACGCCGCCUACACCCGCAAACGUAAAGGCUCCAGCGACGAGACGGAGGUGCAGGAGUUCGCCGGCCUGCUCGGCCAACACUGUGCUGAAAGGAUCUUACUCUACCGUGCUUAGACAUACAGCGUCACACCUCGGCACCUUUUUAACACAGGCGAAUACACUAGUCCCAUAUCUGUCUGUUUCUGUUACUGUUUGUGUGUCUUUGUUGCUGUGUGACUGUGGGUCUGUCUUUGUUAUUGUCUGACUGUGUCUACUCACUGUCUGUGAAAGUGCUUUCUGCCGCCCUUGUAGUUCACCAUGCUUUGCGCCGCACAGGCUGGAACCAUGCAGUAACUACUGUAUGUAUUUAGCCACUCACUCAUUGGCCUCAUAUAUUAGAGAUGUAUCAUUUGCAUUUAUUUUGUGAGUAGAUUUUUAGUAAAUGAUUUUUGCAGCAUUCAUUCUCAGUUAAGCUCUUGUUCAUCCUUUUCUUAGAUUUUUACCUCCAUACAAGGGACAGCCCCUCUAGUGUAUAUUUUAAUAUCACGUUUUCAUCACUUUGACCUUUUGCACCAUCCUCUACCUGUCGCUAGAGGAACAUGCAGCCACACACAGGGGAGAACUCUCCUGAACAGAUAUGGGUUUGAUGUCAGCAUUGCCACAAUGAAUGUCCAGUGAUUUUGAAGGUGGCUCUCAGUUGCUCCCUCUGCAUCGGAAAUCAUCAAGCAAACUACACCAAGAAAUAAAGAUUUUUAUGUAAAGCAAAGAAGUCACCAUUUCAAUGUUUAUGUCUGUUAUAUUUAUAGCUUUCUUGGCUUUUCAUUUAAUAUUGAAUCUGUUUCUUUUGAUUAAACCAAAUAAACGAGUUGCUUAUUCCGUG